GGAGAUGGAUAAGGAAACAGGAAGUGUUUACUAUUAGAAAUGUCUACACCCGUUGGUGUUUAGUUGUUUGUUUUGAAAGUUGUUUCGCGUAAUUGUGUCCUAAAUUUGAUUUGGAUUGAGCUUCAUACAUUCCAGACAAACUAUGGCAACGUACAUAAAAACUUUGAGCCUAUCUACAGUUAAGAACAUUUCUGGGAAAGCUCCUAUAAGGGUUUUAACAUGCCUGCCAACAACAGCAAAAUAUUCCAGUAGCAUUCCACAUCAUGCUUUUAACAAGAGAUUGAGGCCAGUCACUUUUCUAGACCAGUCACGAAGAAAUUUUCAAGUAAUGUCAAUAUUAGCAGAAAAAGUUUCAUUCAAACUGUCUGACAUUGGAGAAGGUAUUACAGAGGUGGUUAUAAAAGAAUGGUAUGUGAAACCAGGUGAUGUGGUGCAACAGUUUGAUAACAUAUGUGAAGUUCAGAGUGACAAAGCAUCUGUGACAAUAACAAGUCGUUAUGAUGGCAAAAUUUCAAAACUGUAUUAUAAUGUCGACGACACUGCAAUGGUUGGAAAACCACUUGUCGAUAUUGAAGCAGAAGAAGCAGAAGGAACAGCGAAAGAAACUGAAGUUAGUCCUGAGACAACACAGAGUAUCCCACUGCAGAGUGCUAAAAAGCCUGAAGCAGAGACUGACUCAGAUGAUGAGGUUGCACAGAAAGUAAUAGAUAAAGUGCUAGCAACCCCAGCAGUUCGUAGAUUUGCAAGAGAAUACCAGGUUCCAAUAGAAUUAGUUUCUGGUACAGGUAAACAUGGCAGAGUCUUAAAAGAGGACAUCUUGGCUUAUCACCAAAAAUUACAUCGAAAGCAACCUGAAGAAAGCAAAGAAAUUUCUGGUGAUAAACGAGUCCGCAUAACUGGUAUUCAAAAGGCCAUGUUGAAGACUAUGACAAAAGCAAAUAAUAUUCCUCACUUUACUUACGCUGAUGAAGUAUCUGUUGCAAAACUUGUGGAACUACGUUCACAGAUGAAAAGCAUAAAUGGUAUAAGAAUAACAUAUUUGCCAUUCUUUGUCAAAGCAAUAUCAAAGUGUCUUUCAGAAUACCAAAUAUUGAAUUCAUCCUUAGAUGAAAACUUGGAACAUAUAGUUUAUAAAUCUCAGCACAACAUUGGAUUUGCUGUUGACAGUCCACAAGGACUUCAAGUUCCCAAUAUAAAAAAUGUAGAAAAACUGAAUGUUGUGGAAAUAGCAAAUGAUAUAAAUAGACUUAAAAAAUUGGGACUGGAAGGACGCUUACGACAGGAAGAUCUUUCUGGAGGCACAUUUACAGUCUCUAAUAUUGGCUCAAUUGGUGGUAUGUUUGCAACUCCAGUUAUUCUCCCUCCUGAGGUUGCAAUUGUAGCAAUUGGAAAAAUACAGACACUUCCAAGAUUUGGCAGUGAUGGAAGUAUAAUGAGGGAUGAAAUAAUGUGUAUAAACUGGUCGGCCGAUCAUAGAAUCAUUGAUGGCGCUACAGUGGCAAAAUUUUCCAACUUGUGGAAAGAACUUAUACAGAAUCCACAUCAGCUGUUAUUCUAGGGGAAAAGAUGCAUUCCAGUUUGGCAGUUGAAAUGGGCAUGAUAUAUAAGAAAUAUAAAGGCCUAAGUUUCCAACAGCUGGACAAACGUUUCCAAAGCAUACGCAAUGAUUUACUGCACUAUAGAGUACAAAGUAUUUUAUUUGGCAUUUAAAGAUCUAUGUAUUUGAUGUCAUAUAUUUUUAUAUUUUUAUUACCCUGAAUAAAGAGAAAAUAUAAUUUGUA